AUGGCGACUCAAACAUUCGACUAUAUUAUCGUGGGCGGGGGAACAGCAGGUUGCGUAGUAGCUUCCCGCCUUAAAGAAAAGAAUCCCACGCUCUCCAUCGUGAUCGUCGAAGCUGGCCCCGAUGUUAGCAAGCACCCCCUAGUACCAGAUGCAGCGGACUACCCUCAGCUCCUCGGCUCUGAGCUCGAUUGGAACUAUACCACAGUACCGCAGAAACAUUUGGAUGGGCGCUCUGUCUCCAACCAUGCUGGGAGGGCACUUGGAGGUAGUAGUGUGACUAACGCCGGGGGUUGGUUCCGAGGCGAGAAAGCAAACUAUGAUCUCUGGGGAGAGACGGUCGGCGACUUGCGUUGGAGCUAUAGUGGCUUCUUGCCCUAUUUCCGCAAGGUUGAGUCGCAUUUUGAUCCAAAUGGCGAUAAGCUACAGCAUGGCUUUAAUGGCCCUAUGAAAGCGGAGUCUGUUACAUUUACGGGUCGCAAUUAUCCUCUGCGUCAGUUGGUGAAGGAUGCAUGGGCUGCUGUUGGUGUGCCUUUAGUCCCGGACUUGAAUUCUGGUAAUCCCAUCGGAUUGGCGGAGGUCGUUGAGAACAAAGUCAAGGGUAUGCGGCAAACUGCUUCCUCUGUAUACCCACUCAAUGUCUCUAUCUUGACGGAUACUAUGGUUAAAAGAGUGGUUUUCGAAGAGCGCAAUGGGAGAAAGAGAGCUAUUGGCGUGGAAGUUGUGGGCGAGGAAACCCGUGUGAUUUCUGCAAAGCGCGAAGUCAUCAUCUCGACUGGUACAUACCGGACACCCCAAGUCCUGAAGCUUUCAGGCAUCGGGCCAGCCGAGGAACUGCAACGCCAUGGCGUGGACUUGGUACUUGACUCACCUGACGUCGGCCGCCAUUUCCAAGACCACCCCGGUGUAUUCCAGUGGUGGAAGCUAAAACACCCCGAACAAGGACUCGCAGUUGGAUCACCGGCAUUCAGUGAUCCUCUGUUUUUCAGAGGUCAACCAAUCGACUUUGCAGCAACACAGCCCGUUCCUCUAGACGGAUUACGCGCUGCAUUAAUUCGAGAUAAUCCCAAUUGCAACCCGGAUGAACAUCCACUUAUCUCGCAGAAAGGGCAUCUCGAGAUGCUAGUAUUCUAUGCAGGAGGAAAUCCCGCUAACCCAACCAUCGAAAUGGACGGGACUCACAUCGCCACGAUCGUGGUUGGUAUGCUUCCAACUUCGCGCGGGAGCAUUACCCUCCAGGAUAACAAUCCAAACUCUAUGCCGCUUAUCGACCCUAACUACCUUGCCACCGAGGCUGAUCGGUAUAUGAUGCGUGCGGGUAUUCGGAAGAUCCGCGAAAUGGUCCGUGAUACACCAGCCGGGCGGGCAAUGAUUGACGAUGAAACGGUCGAAGACGGGGCCACGCCCGUUCAAGUGGAUACCAGUGAUGCAGAGAUCGACAGUCUGGUCCGACGUCGAGCUAUGACUAUGUUCCACCCCGCAGGAAGUGCCUCUAUGGGCAAGGUGGUUGACAAUCAGCUCCGAGUUCGAGGUGUGGAUGGUUUGCGCAUUGUCGAUGCAAGUGUUAUUCCUGUGCCACUGACUGCACACAUCCAGAUGUGUGUUUAUGCUCUAGCAGAGCAAGCUGCAGAUAUCAUCAGUGAUAGUGUGAGAUCUGCGCAUAAGCUAUGA